AUGUCGUGGCUCAGCCAGAAAGAUCUACCAAAGGCGUACGGAUCUAUGGUCGUCGCGCUGACGCAGCGAGUCUACUGGAAGGCCAAUACUUCAACGAGGAUGGAGAGUCGGCCUUCACCCGUGUCUUCGAGCCCAGGCGUGGACCGAUGCAGUGCUUCAGUUGUAUGGGUGUCGGGCACUAAGCCUUUUCGUGCACGAAAGCGCAGCUUUGUAGCAGCUGUGCUCAGCCAGGCCACCGCCAUAGUGAAAGCCAAGCAGAGGAACCUAGGUGUGCAAUCUGCGACAGGCCUCACGAGUCGUCUAGCCGCCAGUGUCGUACUCUCUACCCGGUGA